AUGUCUGAAGUCAAAAGAACUAUUAGAAUAACAACCGAACAACACAUCUUACAAGAUGUCCCUCCAGUUGAGAACUACCCUAUGAGAAAAUGGUCCGUCCAAAUAACAAUGCUUGAUUCGGAAGGAAAGGAAAUCCCGGCAAAGAUUUUGGACAGAGUUACGUAUACUUUGCAUCCAACUUUUGCUAACCCAAUAAGAGUAAUCAAACAACAGCCUUUCAAAAUUGAAGAACAAGGUUGGGGUGAGUUUGAUAUACCUAUCUCUAUACACAUUUUGGGUAUUAGUGGAAAACCAGGUGAACGUAAAUUUCAACACGAUUUAAACUUUUUGCAAGAGAAAUACGUCAACGAUCAUGUGAUUUCAAUCCCAGUUGGACCAAACAAGAACCCGCAAUUAAAUAAGAUCCUAACAGAAAGUGGACGGUUGCCUUUUGAUGAAGCUGGCAAUUCAACGGCAGGUGGUGCUUCUGCCGCAGGUGGCAUCAAGAGGAAGUUAGAUGCCUCGAAUGGUGGCCAGUCACCAACCAAUGCAGCAGACAAGAAAAAAAUUAAAGGAGCAAUAAAGGGAAAUGUAGAUUUAGAGAAGUUGGCCAACGGAUUAAGUAAAUUGAGUGAGGAUGAUUUAAUUGUCGUGGUUCAGAUGGUUACCGACAACAGAACUAACGAGAUGAACAUCAAAAAUGACGUUGACAAUGGAGAGUUUACAAUGGAUUUGUAUACCUUGCCCGAUUCAUUGUUGAAGAGUUUGUGGGACUACGUGAAAAAACAUAUUGGCGAAGCUUAG